UGCAGAUAGCGGCAGCGUGACACGAGUGUGGCGGUAGCGGUGUGUCAGAUACUCAGUCAUAGGCGACAGCGGCAUCCAAGGAUCCAUCACCGGCGCAGAACCUGGCUGACAAUAUUUAAUCUGCCACAGCAUGUCCUGGUUGUUCGGCUUGAACAAGGGGCAGCCCGAACCGCCCCCGGGUCUCCCUGUUCCCCCACCACCUCCUCCGCCGGCUGGGAGCUCAGGGGGAAGCGGCGGGGAUAAACCCAAGGACAAAUGGAGUAACUUCGAUCCGACUGGGCUGGAGCGAGCGGCCCAAGCGGCCAAGGAGCUCGAUAAGUCGCGCCAUGCGAAGGAGGCGCUGGAGCUCGCGCGCAUGCAGGAGCAGUCGGUGCAGAUGGAGCAUCAGAGCAAAAUAAAGGAGUAUGAAGCUGCCUUGGAGCAGCUGAAGGGAGAUCAGAUUCGUAAUCAAGGUGAGGAGAGGCGGAAGACGCUCACCGAGGAGACCAAGCAGCAUCAAGCGAGGGCACAGUACCAGGAUAAGCUGGCCAGGCAGAGAUAUGAGGAUCAAUUAAGGCAGCAGCAAGUCUUGAAUGAGGAGAACCUGCGCAAACAAGAGGAAUCUGUUCAGAAACAGGAGGCCAUGAGAAAAGCGACCAUCGAGCACGAGAUGGAGCUGCGGCACAAGAACGAGAUGCUACGCGUGGAGGCAGAGGCGAAGGCGCGCGGCCGCGUGGAGCGCGAGAACGCCGACAUCAUCCGCGAGCAGAUCCGCCUGAAGGCGGCCGAGCACAGACAGACCGUCCUGGAGACCAUCCGGACCGCAGGCGCUGUGUUCGGGGAGGGGUUCCGGGCCUUCGUGUCCGACUGGGACAAGGUCACAGCCACGGUGGCCGGGCUGACCCUGCUGGCCGUGGGCGUGUACUCGGCGCGGAACGCCACAGCCGUGGCGGGGCGCUACAUCGAGGCUCGGCUGGGGAAGCCCUCGCUGGUCAGAGAGACGUCCAGGAUCACCGUGGCCGAGGCGGUCAAGCACCCUAUUAAGGUGACGAAGCGUUUGACCAGCAAGCCUCAGGACGCUCUGGAGGGCGUGGUACUCAGUCCCACCUUGGAGGAGCGAGUGCGUGACAUCGCCAUAGCAACCCGGAACACUCGGCAGAACCGCGGCCUCUACCGGAACAUCCUCAUGUACGGUCCGCCUGGUACUGGCAAAACACUCUUUGCCAAGAAGCUGGCAAUGCAUUCUGGGAUGGAUUACGCCAUCAUGACGGGCGGAGACGUCGCCCCCAUGGGCCGCGACGGUGUCACCGCCAUGCACAAGGUGUUCGAUUGGGCCAACACCAGCCGGCGCGGGCUGCUGCUCUUCGUGGACGAGGCCGAUGCGUUCCUGCGCAAGAGAUCCACUGAGAAGAUCAGCGAGGACCUCCGAGCCACCUUAAAUGCAUUCCUCUAUCGCACAGGAGAGCAAAGCAACAAGUUCAUGUUGGUUCUGGCCAGCAACCAGCCUGAGCAGUUCGACUGGGCGAUAAACGACCGUAUCGACGAGAUCGUAAACUUUGCGCUGCCUGGACUGGAGGAGCGGGAGAGGCUGGUGCGGCUGUACUUCGACAGAUACGUGCUGGAGCCGGCCACCGGGGGGAGACAGAGGCUGAAGCUGGCGCAGUUUGACUACGGGCAGAAGUGUUCGGAGAUAGCCCAGCGAACAGAGGGCAUGUCCGGACGAGAGAUCUCCAAACUCGGUGUUGCCUGGCAGGCGGCGGCGUACUCCUCCGAGGACGGGGUUUUGACCGAGGCCAUGAUCGACGCGCGGGUCGAGGACGCCAUUCGCCAGCACCUCCAGAAGAUGGACUGGCUGCACCGGGAGGAGGCGGCGAUGGCGGCCGCGCAGGUCGGGCCUGCUGAGAGCGGGGGCAAAAUGGGAUUCACCCUCCCCCAGGAGGGCGUCCCGCUGGCCCAGGAAGUGGUCGCCUCGGCGCUGGAGGGGAGCGGGAGGGACUCUGGGCUCUCGCCGCCCUUGGAGGCGGAAGGAUCUCCCGAAAGUAAGCCUGUGGACACUGUACGCCAGGAGGUGGCCCCGUUGGCCCAGGACAGCCCGACACUACCAGCGGAGGAGGGGGCAGGUAGCGAGGGCCAGACGGGGACAGCCCCACCCAAGGAGGGAGAGUUGGGAAGCGGGGCUGGGGCAGUGGCCGCUCUUCCUCAGGAGGGUGAGGCCAAGACUGACGCCCCCCUUCCUGAGGAUGGGGGGGCAGAGAGCGAGGUUAAGUCAAAGGCAGAGGUUCCACCAAAGGACGGGACGCCUGUCUGAGUGGGAAGCAGUUAAAGGGGCACGGGGUCAUGGCUGGAGAAAUCUGUGACAGAGCUCUGGGGAGGGUGGGGGGUUAAGGUCAAAUGAAUAAGGUCCAAUGAGUAAUUAUGAUUAAAUGCCACACCUGCUGUUACUGUCUUGCUAGUUUCUGUCUGUCUGGGGUUUGAUGUCUAGUGUAGGAGAGCCAAGAGAGGGAUAGUGACUGUUACUAACUAAGAAUAUAAGUGUGGGUGUGUGUGUGAGUGAAAUUUUGAGGCCACUUGAGUAACUGUGUAAAGACCAUGUGUGGGAUUCACGAGAAGUUCAAUGUCAAGAAAAAAUUUGGCUUGGGUUGUUAUGAGACUUUGACAUGUGGAGGAGCACUCACGUUGGUGCUGUUUUUGGUUUGUGACCACAGCAUACAUUCAAGAAUACUGCACUGAUCUAAUCAGUAUCCAAAAAAAAACGUGCCCAAAUCAUGUCAUGGUUAUAUCUCAAAAACAUCACCCUGGGUGAGGUUGUUGGACACUCAUUGUUCACUCAAGCACACUGCAGCAUGAAGGUGACAAAUUCACAGUUAAAUUGAAAGGCUACCUCCAAAAAAAGCAUUUGAGUACCUUUUCCAGAAUUUCACGGAAUGGUCUGGCUGUUGAGAUCGAUGCACGGCUUGAGAGAUGUUAGCCUAUUCAUGGACAUUUACAUGUAGGAAAAUCAAUACUUGUAAUUCACAUGUCAAACAUUGCUGCUGUAAGACGUCUUUGAAAUUCAGUUGAAGCGAUUUUGUUUGGAGGGAGGAAGGCUUCAGGCAUGUGCAACUUAACAGCAGGCUGAUGGGAGACCAUGCUCAAUUCCUUUAUUCAGAUCAAUUAUCAUGUGAAUGACAGUUUUUAUUCCAGGGCUACACUGCAUAAAAUAUUUUUAAAAAUAUUGGUAAUAAUUAUAAUAACUGGUAAAAAAAAAAACAGAGACAGUAGACAGAAAGUAACAGUAAGGCAAACAAUGAUUGGUUAGACAAAAUAUAUUACAACCAGUUGAAACAACAAUGUAGACAUGGAAGCCUGCUUGUAUCUGAUGGGAGUAGUAAUCCAUCUACCUCCAGAAGUAUAAGAGAUGGAAGUUUAUGACAAAAUAAGAGUACUGAAAGACACUGUUUUAGAGGGUUAUUAAAGCUGUAUCUGCCUUUUUCAGUGGUAACACUCUGUUAAUAAUGCACAGACUUACUAAUCCCUUACAGUUCAGGAGUGAACUUGUCAGUGUUUUAGGGGCCAAAGAUAGUACCCACACCUCUAUAAAAAAAAAAAA